GUGGACGCUACACAUGUCAUGUGGAUGAAAGGUUUGCGGCGUUAACACAGACCACAACAAAAGGUCGGAGAUGCAUAUUAUUUUCCUGUGGCUCAGUUCAUCAUCAAAGAGACUUGAAAGUGAGUCCUUUAUUUAAACAUUGGAAUAGCAGGCUCCGGGGUCAUGCGGCUGCGUCUCCUUUCCCUCCUUCUUAUCGUCAAAGUGUGUCGACUCAAUACUGUCAGUCGAGACGUGUGCCCACCCGUGUCUGAGUGGAAGCUCACCAAGCCCCUGAACACGAGGGAUAAUUAUCAAGAAAACGAUUCUCUGCGCUACCAGUGUGUGGAUGGCUAUGUGAGGAAGGCGGGGACCUCCAAUCUCAUCAAGUGCAAACGGAUUGGUCAGGUUCUUCAGUGGAUACCCCCAACACUGACAUGCAUACCUGACCCAUCCAUUCCAACUACGAUAAAACCUUCAACAACCCAGAAGACAACUCCAUUUCCUACAACGCACCUCUCAGUGCCCACAGAGAGAGUUAGCCCAAGACCAACCACUAUCAGUUCAAUUUUAUCUCAAACACUGCAUCCUGUCACAAAGACCCAAGAGGUCAUUAAUACGGUUACAGUGACAACCACCAUCAUCGAUGACAUCACAUCAGUGCCAGUGGAUAAGUCCAGUGCGGUGACCUCUGUCUCCACAAAGACCGUUUCUCCAUCAGAGAGUUACUGUGUCUCCAACAGAGCCCCAACCUCCAGUGAGCCUGAGAAGAGGUCUGCUACAGCCAUAUAUGCGGGUGUAGGUGGUGUGGUAGUAACCAUCUUGCUGGUUGCAGCGUUUGGAGUACUAAUGUUUUGGAGAAGGAAACGGCUGCAGCGGUUUGAUCUGUCGCCAACACCAGACGAAAUAGUGCAAAUGAAUGUUGUGACAUGAGCCACACUCCUUCCCUGACGGACAACCAGCAGCCACUUAGAAAAGACAAAAAGGUGCAUCAGUCUGAUGGUGGGGGAACAAUGACCUUGGAUUGGACAAGAAGUGGACCAAAAAUUACAAUGGCUUGGACCUCAGUGUCCUCGUGUGGAAAAUUAAAAUAACUAAAGCACCACCCAAAUUGAUUAAUUUAAGACAUAUUGAUUUAUUUCAUUGAUUAAUUAAUAUUCUUAAACUGGCAAAGAUUCUAACUAAUCACAACAGCCCAAAAUGCAUAGGAUUACCUUCUCACUGAAUUCACAAAGGUAUGUGAUAAACAUGCAACUUUGGAGAACAGUGAAAGUUAGGCCCGACUAACCGGUGCCUGUAUAUAGCCUCGCUACUGUAUAUAGCCUCGCUACUGUUAUAGCCUCGCUACUGUA